AGCAAACUUAUUUUAAAUUCAUUGAUACCAUUGUAUUCAGUUGUAAAACUAAUUUUUUCCAGUUUCCUUGAAAAGAGCGCUUUUGCUUGGGUCGAAACUUGUUUUGCCCAAUAACCUAGUUCUUUGUUAGGAACCAAAACUUUUUCAAAUUUUGUCAGUUUUACUUUUGUUUUCAGUUGAAACAACUUGUUCUUCCACCUGUUUCCUAUUUCAAGACUCAUAUGCAUAUUGAUAUUAUUUGUUUAAAAUGGAGCAACAGAAUGAUAAUUCUGAUAAAACAACAUUCAAAGUAGAGUUUUUAGGUGAAUAUCAUGAUGUAGUCAUUGAUUGGAAUGAUGAUAAAUAUAUAUGCAAAGGGAAACAAUUAUUCGAACAGCUUGAAUCAAUAACUGGAGUAUCAAGACAAUGUAAUGCCGAAAUCAAUGUGUAUGAGCCUUGGUGGGAUCCCUUUAACACACAAUAUCAUAUUAUCAGAUGCGAUGAAACUUACGAUCUCAGCCGGUUUGCUAUCACUAAGGAGCAGAUCUUGGAUUCAAUUAGUUAUGCUGAAGGACGUUUCCGUCUCGCUUAUGAAAAUCACUUUGACAUUCGCGAGAAAAAGGCUGUAAUUUAUUAUUACCUAGUAGCUGAAAGCUCGGUGCCACAAGACGAAUGCUGUUUUUAUUUCUGUCAAUAUAAAAAUAGUAAAACUGUUUUCGACAAGGUGAAGGAUAUAUUCAACAAUGAUCAAUUGAUUGCAAAAUUUGUGUCUCUUGACCAACUACAGAGAUUAAUCGAAGUGGAUGAGAUUCUUAGACAAUUCAAUGUUUUACAAUAUUUCUUGCCUAUGUGUCAUGAAAGAUAUUGGCGACAGGUAGACGAUGAGAUAUGCCUUUACUUGAGGACACGCGGCUGAUUGGACCGACAAGAAGAGUCUCUUCAAAAACUUAAAAAAAUGAAUAAAUAAAAUGAUAAAAGUUGAGACAAAUCUAUCGAUAUUUAUUCCUUGAUAUUAUUGUAUUUAGUUAUUGUUUCAAACUUGACCUCCACCUGCUAAUACCUUUCCCUGUUUAUAAUUUGACUUUUACUUUAAAUGACUCGUCUAAGAAAUAAAGGUAAUUUUCAAACA